AGAAAUAAGUUCGUAUUAUAAAAUGCAUCAAAAAGGCGCGGUUCCCGCCGUGCUUCUGGUGCUAGGCACUUUGGCUGUUGCAACUUCUAUAGAAAAUUCAACAUGUUUUCAUAACACGUUUUCUGUGUACGACCAUUCGUUUCCGACCUUGUCAGGUGAAACGGUAAACCUCGGGGAAUUUCGUGGUAACGUCUCCAUGGUGAUCAAUGUCGCCACUUACUGAGGGGCGACUGUUCCACAAUAUAAAGCCAUGAAUGCACUGUCUGAGGAAUACACCCAAUCAAGUUUUGUGACACUGGCCUUCCCAUGCAAUCAGUUCGGACUCCAACAACCAGAAGCAAACGACGAAAUAUUAAACGGCGUUAUGUAUGUUCGACCUGGACACGGGUUCGUUCCAAACAAGAAGAUUUAUUUCUUUAGUAAAACGCAAGUAAACGGAGGUAGCGAAGAUCCGCUGUUUACAUCGAUUAAGGCUUCUUGUCCCCCGACCACUAACAACAUUGGAAUAACAUCUGAAUUAUAUUGGACACCAAUUAAAGCAAACGAUAUAUAUUGGAACUGGAAUAAAUUUCUGCUGGAUAAAAAUGGGAUGAUCAGAUAUAGGUUCGGAAGUGCUGUUACUGCCACGCAAUUAAAGCCUUGGAUAGAUCAGCUACUUAACGAAAAGUAAAUGCUUAAUCGAUACCAAUCAGGAAUCAUGAGGGUCACUGAUUUGAUACAUUUUUUUCUGGAUGAGAACAUUUAUGAAAUCUUUAUCAGAAACUGUGCAUAAACAGAUGAUGAAGGUUGAUGACAGGUCACGAGAGAUGAGGUUUAUUAGUCGCAAGUACUUGGUGCAUUCUCUUGUUGCGAGUAGACCUUUGAUUUCGUUACCGAACUUUCUCUAUUCACAAAUUGAGUUAUAUCGUUCAGUUGCUUUCUCCUUAUUAAUUUGCCGAAAAACAAUACAUUAUCAACAAAAGAA